AUGUCGGGAAUCCUUGCAGGCAAGAAGGCGUUGAUCUUCGGCGUGGCCAAUGAACGGAGCAUUGCCUGGGCGGUGGCGCGCGAGCUGCAUGCCCAAGGGGCGGAGCUGGCUUUCACCUACGCCGGGGAAAUUCUGGAAAAGCGCGUCCGGCCCCUGGCCGAGGGCAUCGGUUCCACCCUCGUCCUGCCGUGCGAUGUCACCCGGGACGAGGAGAUCGAGGCGGUCUUCGAGACCGUCGGGCGGGAGUGGGACGGCCUCGACAUCCUGAUACACGCCAUCGCCUACGCCAAGAAGGAAGACCUGUCCCAACCCUACGUGCAGACCGGACGGGAGGGGUUUCACACGGCGCUGGACAUCAGCAGCUAUUCGCUGGUGGUGCUGACGCGCCACGCCGCCAGGCUUAUGAAGGGGCGCGACGGCGCGGUGGUGACGUUGACGUACAUGGGGUCCGAGAAGGUGGUGCCCAACUACAAUGUCAUGGGGGUGGCGAAGGCGGCGCUGGAGGCCAGCGUCCGUUAUCUGGCCUACGAUCUCGGCCCGGAGGGGAUACGGGUCAAUGCCAUUUCGGCCGGCCCGGUGAAGACCCUGGCGGCCGCCGGCAUCGCGGGGUUCCGGGACAUGCUGCGCCUGGCCGGCGAGCGGGCGCCGCUCAAGCGCAACGUCGAGCCCGCCGAGAUCGGCAGGACGGCCGUCUAUCUCGUGAGCGACAUGGGGAGCGGCGUGACCGGGGAGACGAUCCACGUCGAUGCGGGUUACAACAUCAUGGGCAUGUGA